AAUAAGUCCUCAAAUUGUAUGUGUCUAGUUUCAAAAUCAAAAUUAUUUGUGGUAUAUGAACUUUCAUAUAGUCUUUUAUGGUUUGUUAACACCAAAAGAACCCUUUUAGAAUAGGUUCAAUAAUGUAUAAUUUACAGAAAGCCAUCGAAUAGAAAACCAUUCAAGAAAAGGUUUUCGAUGUUAGCAAACUUCAAAAUGGUAUAUGGAAGUUCAUAUAUCCAAAAGAGCUUUCAAUUUUGAAACUAGACACAUACAAUUUGAGGACUUAUUUUCCUACACCGACUGUUUACAGUGUACUUUAUUAGUCCUUCAACACUAACACCAAGAAUAUUUAUAUUGAUGCAUACCUUAAUAUUCGUGUGUCAGAUAUAUGAUCAAUUUUGAGCACAGCUACACGUGAGUGGGUACAGUCGACAUUUUUUCAACAUAUGACUGAUGUUCUCCGUUGAAUUGUUCAUAUUUCAGAGUGAAGGUCUCCUUCUACUACCUUCUCCUUUUGAAAAGCGUCUGCCUUAUUCAUUUAAUAUUCUCUUUUAGAUUUUACUUGAUUAGUAGAUAGCACAUAUUGAUUGUAAAAGCAUGUCUAUGGACGAAUAUCGUCUCAUUUGGGAAGAUAUAUUCUUGCAAGAUGGUUCUGUUGAUCGGAAUAAAUGGGACUUUGAUAUUGGUGCCGGAAACAAUGGCUGGGGUAAUCAAGAAGCACAAUACUAUACAGAUCGACUUGAAAACGUCCGAUGUGAAGGUCAGCGACUGAUAAUCGAAGCACGCCGUGAAGAUUACGGAGGUUGUCGAUUCACAUCAGCUCGACUGAAGUCAAAGAGUGCUUGGACUUAUGGACGUCUUCAAACAAAAGCAAAAUUACCGAGUGGCAAGGGUCUUUGGCCAGCCAUUUGGAUGCUUCCGCAAACACAAUCAUAUGGGAAUGCCUAUUGGCCAGAUAAUGGAGAAAUCGACAUCAUGGAGCAAGUCGGUUUCGAACCGAAUAAAAUUGUAUCAAGUGUCCAUACGGCAGCAUUUAAUCAUAUGAGAGGUUCACAGCCCACCAAUAGUGUUCAUGUUCAUGAUGCCUGCGACAAUUUCAAAAUCUACACUCUCGAUUGGACUGCUGAUAAACUUGAAAUGUUCGUUGGCGGAGAAAGCAAUCCUUUUGAACAGCGAGUUCUCAUUUGGGAAAAGGGCACACAUAGUUGGGAAGGAUGGUAA